AGAAACUAACCUAUACAUUGUGGUUCUACAGAUUCAAACACAUGGAAUUAAUAUUUUUCUAAUUUUUUAGUUAUAAGUAUUAAUUUCAUAAUUUUACUACGAUGAUUACACGAAUAUUUCGUAAGCAAUUAUUAAGUGUUAAACAAAGCAACAGUAUAAACGUUAAAUAUUAUCAUUCUGUUGAUAAUCGUUUUGGUAAUAUUCCUUAUUCGAAAGUAAACACAUAUUUAUUUUCUGAAAAUAAAGUAUUGCUCCGUUAUUUAUUGAAUGAACAAUAUACUUCAAAAAUACUAAAAACUUCAGUUCAACGGACAUACCUACCUAUGCUUAAUGGACUAUUAUGUUGCAAAAGCAAUACAAUACUAGCUAGGGCAAAUUCUGUUAAUAAUUAUCCUGCUACUAUAAAUGCCAUUAGGCAAUUUUCAAGUUCAACACCUUCAGUUGUAGAUCAAGCUAUUGUGUACAAUAAUGGUAUCAUCAGAAGUAUUUCUGAAAGUUUUCCGAUAGAAUGUAUUAUGGAUGCUUUGAGAGCAAUACAUCAUAGUACAGGAUUGCCAUGGUGGUUAACUAUUAUUCUUACAACAGUAUUGUCAAGGACAUGCAUAACUUUACCAUUAACAAUACAUCAACACCAAAUUAUGGCUAAAAUAGAAAAUCUACAAAUAGAGAUGAAAGCAGUAGCAGACAGAUUGAAAAUGGAGACAAAAAUGGCAGUGGCAACUGUAGGAUGGAGCUCAGCGCAUGCAACAAGUGUUUAUAACAAUUCUAUAAGAAAAGAAUGGAAGGAAUUAGUAGUUAGAGAGAAUUGUCAUCCAGUUAAAAUCCCUGUAAUGGCAGUAUUACAAAUGCCAAUAUGGUUGGGUUUUUCAUUUGCCUUAAGAAACAUGUGCUACAUGUUUCCCGAGGGAAAUGAUCUUGUUCGUCAAGAUUACCUAGAGCUCACUACUGGUGGUUUAGUGUGGAUGAAGAACCUCACAGAGAUAGAUCAUACGUUCAUAUUACCCAUAAUCUUUGGGUUUUCUAGCAUUGCCAUGAUAGAAAUUCAAUGUAUACUACAUCAGAAGAACAGAACAAAGUUCAACAGAAUUUACAUCAACUUCAUUCGAGUAUUAACAGUUUGUUUGGUACCUGUUAUGGCGUACAUACCAUCAUGUUUGACCUUGUUCUGGACAACGAAUACCUUGUGCACACUUUCCCACACACUUUUGUUAUUGUCGCCGAAAUUUCGUAGACUCGGAAAAGUCCCUAAAACGGAAUCCGAGUUGCAACAUCCGUAUGCAGAAUUGUACAAAAGAAUAAAAGAAAGGUUUCGUUUACAACAAAAAACAGUUAAAAAGUAAC